GUUUCGAGGGAGCUUUUUAAGAGAUUUUAAGGUCGAGGGUCAUAGUUUCUUGAUGUAGGGUUACCCCACCCAUUUGUGGGACCCAUAAUUCUACCUAAGUAGGGCCCACAACAUUUGAUUUUGUUUUUUAUUUUAUUUUCAUGCAUAUUUGGACCCAAUUUUUCUCCAUAGUAUAAAUGAUCUUGGCUCCUUCCUUCCCUUUUAACCUUUCUAUAACUCACCUGUUCAACAAUCUUCUAAAGCUAUAAAACUAGCUAGGCUGCUUAACAUAACAUACUUAGCUUCAUAUAUUUGUGAUACAAGCCAUGAAUCUAACUGUAAAUGGUCAAUCACAAGUACCUCCAGGGUUUCGUUUUCAUCCAACUGAGGAAGAACUUCUUCACUAUUACCUGAGGAAAAAGAUAGCUAACGAUAAGAUUGAUCUUGAUGUUAUCCGCGAAGUAGACCUCAACAAGAUGGAACCAUGGGACAUUCAAGAGAAGUGCAAAAUAGGAUCGACGCCACAAAAUGAUUGGUACUUGUUCAGCCACAAGGACAAGAAGUAUCCAACAGGGACUCGUACAAAUCGUGCCACUGCUGCUGGAUUCUGGAAAGCUACAGGUCGUGAUAAAGUCAUAUAUGGCAAAUGUAAGAGGAUAGGAAUGCGAAAAACCUUAGUCUUCUAUAGAGGACGCGCCCCUCAUGGCCUGAAAUUGGAUUGGAUCAUGCAUGAAUAUCGCCUCGAUGACAACUCCAGCACUCAAGAUCAUCAGGCCGAUGUCAACUUUUGUGCAUCGGAAUCAGGUGGUGUAGAAGAGGGUUGGGUGGUCUGCCGCGUAUUCAAGAAGAAGAGUUCACUCGAAAUCCCUCAAAGCAGUUCCUCUACAGUUCAGAAACCAAACACUGACGGCGUUCUUGAUCAAAUACUCAUGUACAUGGGAAGAUCGUCAUGUAAACAACAACAACAACACGAAACCAAAAACAACAACCCAAACAUUCAAUUUGAAAGCAGUUUCCUACACCUCCCAGAGCUGGUGAAUCAUCAUCAUCCAACGACCAACAACGACAUGGAAGUACUAAUUCAUCAAGAUUGUGGCUUUGAUGAGAUGCUCAUGUCAACAGGAACUGAUCAAAUUAAUAGCCCUGCUUGUGACUGGUUAGCCCUCGAUCGCUUGGUGGCUUCUCAACUCAAUGGCCAUUUCGAUAUACCAACCAACAAUAACACUGCUCGAUCCAAUGAUGAUGAUGGUACUGAAUUUUGGAGCUAGAUGCAACCAUCAACCUUUUAUCCAAUAAGCCACUUGUCCCUAUGAAUCAAACUUACAUAUAUACUCGUACUGUAUAUUAUAUCCAGAACAGUACGCGCCCAGCUAGUUCUACGUCAAUAUAGGAUAGUACGCUAGCUAUUUUGAGUGAUACCUAUAAUUAAACGAUGCUACUCUUUCCUGUGUACUCAAAUUAAUAAUUAUAAGCCCUUCAUAUUUUCUCUGAAGGGCAGGGAUAAUUACUAUAUUGUUUAAUUAUAUACACAAAGAUGCUCCCCUACAUGG